AUGGCCAAGCACGGAGCCGCCGCCACUCUCCUGGUCGCGUCCCUCCUCGUCGUGGCCGCCGCCCUCGCCGCCGGCUCCGACGCGAGGAGGCCUCUUAACGCGAGGCUCGCCGUGAAUCGCGGCGCUUCUCGGGUGCUCUGCUGGCAUGCAGUUUCCGUGGUGCAUGAGGACGCCGUGGCGGUACCGGUGCCGAAGCUGAGCUGCAGCGAGGUGCACGGGGUGCAGGCCGGCGAGACUUGCUUCACGGUGGCGCAGGCGGCGGGGCUGACCCAGGACGUGUUCCUCGGCUUCAACCCCAACAUCAACUGCCAGAGUGUCUUCCUCGGCCAGUGGGUCUGCCUUGCCGCCACUUCCGCUUGA